CUACUGCCAUCUUUCAAUAGAGAUGGAAACAUAAUUGCAAUGGAAUCAAUGUUUCUCACUUGUCUAUAGUAUUGUAAAUCCCUGGAAUUUCUUGUUUGAGAACAGCCUUAUCGGCUGGCUACUCUAGUACAAGAUAAGGAAUAUAACACCUGAAUGUUAAACAACUAAAACACAAAUUGAUGGAUAUAAACCAGAAAUAUCUCAGAGAAUAUUGAAUUCUACAAAAGGAUAAGAAUAGACAUUUGAUAAGGAGUAGCUUAUUAUACAGUGAUCACGCGACAAAGAAUGGCAUCAGAGAAAAAGUAUUUUAUCAAGUCUUAUUGAAAUUAUUUAAGCCAAAAAUAUCAUCAUUGUGAUAAGAUAUCCUAACAAUAGACGUGGAACACUGACAAGGAUGUGAAAAUGAGGUUAACUUGGCAGUGGCUGUGUGUGUUCCCACUUGUGAUAUCUGGUAUGAUACAUAGUGUGAUUGGCUUACAAUGCUACCAGUGCACAGAAAUUCCAACCAAUGAUCUAUGCAACGAUGAAGGAACAAUAACAUGUACAGACCCCACACACAAUGCUUGCUAUAAGAGGAAACACCAAAUGGAAGCGUUUGGAGUAAGAUAUACCAAAAGUUGCAUUAAUAUGGAGAAAUGUGCCGCUCUACAGAGACUCAACAAUGAAAAAGUCUGCAAAAGAACUCCUUCUAACUGUAUUUACUGCUGCCAAGAUAAAGACCUCUGCAAUUCAGCCUACAUCUUAUAUUCCACAUGGAGAAAUUUAGUGUUAAGUUUUGGCGUCUUUGUUGUCAGAACUGCUGUGGGGAUUUGAAAAUUGACAAGAACUGGUCCUCGCCAUUCCUUUGGGAUUCUUUAAGUGAAGACCAAAAAAUGUUUGAUAAACUUAUGCAGCGAUACUAUCUUAGAUGUAUUGGAAUAAGUAAUAACAGUCAUUAGUUCGCAGUGAUCAUUUUUGGGAAAGUGAGUGGUCUCUAAAUC